AUGAAAAGGAAAGUUCAUUCAAAGAAAGAAGACAAAUUCAAAUUCAAAAGAAAAUCACAAAAAUAAAAUAAGCUUCAUAAGAUAUUAAUAACAGUAUUAGUACCUUUGAUGUUUGGAAUCCUACUAACAACACUCUUCUCCAUUUUGAUUAUUUUGUUGCUUUCUGAAUAUUGGGCAAAUCAAGGAGCAAAUAGUUUAGCCUAACAACAAUAUAUUUAUUAAACAUGUACAACUAAUUUAUGCAGCUAGCAUUGACCACAUUAUUGGGAAACUCUUAACAAUCUAUAUUUCAAACUAUUUCCACUAUUAGAACAUAGAUUAUUCAUUCGUUCUGGACUCUGUAAUAAGAGUCUUAAUAUCUAGACCUCUAAUCCCUUUAAGUACCUUAAGUAAUUCCACUCUCAACAUCAUCUUAAUUUAUACCCAAUUACGAUAAAAAUACAAACUAAUGUUUAUAUUGUUUAGGAUGGGGAUUAGUGGAUGUAAAUAAUUUAAUGACCUUCAAUCAAUAAUUGGGUGAUUUAAGCAUAGAACAAUAUUCGUAAUUGUAAUAAAUUGCUUAGACCUUUAAGAUUUUACAAAUUCUUUAUAAUAGUAAUUUCUAAUUGAAUUAUAUUUACUUUCACUUUGCAAAUCAAAUGUUUGUUUAGUAUCCGUUUGUUGAAAACGAUAACCUCUAUUCUAAGUCUCCCUUGCAGCAAAUGAAAAAGUCAUUCAACUAAUCAAAUAUGCAUACAGCCUUCUUAAUUGAACCUAUUUCUGAAACUGAACUGGAAAGUUGUGUAUCACUUUUAGGGAGUGAUAACAAUUUUAUGGGAAUCGUUUGUUUAAGAAUUAACGCAUUGGGUCAGUAGGUGUUUGUUAAUAAUCUUUAUUAAAAUAUUGAGUAUCAGGGGGAAAUUUACUCAUUUUUUUGUAAUCAGAAUUUAAACAUAUUUACUACCAAUACCGUCACCUAAUAUGUCAAUGGAUCUAUUGUAAAAAAUUAUGGAUUUCCAAAUUUGAUAGAUGUUGUUUUUAAUAACUCAAACUAAAAUUAAACCUAAUUUCUACAAUUAUUUAAUGAUAUAGUUUAUCCUAAUUAAGAAGCCCAAUAUAUUUAAUUAGUAAGUUCAGUCAAGUCUAAUGUGUCCACUAUGAAACAAAUAUUGUAAAAUGAAUAAGAAACAUUUAUUAAUGAUUCAAUAAACCCCUUAUUUUAAUUGAGUAGCAUAUUAAUACAGUAUGAUAUUAAUUACUACAAACAAUUUCUGGAUUUUGUAAAAUCAAUAAUCAAUAUUUUGUAUAGUUUUCAAGUGGAAUACAAAAUGAGACAUUCGUGAACAUUAUGACAAUUGCCAUCCCUUUAGCAGUAAUCAUGUGCGUCAUAGCCUGGUACAUAUCCUAUAGAAUAAUCCAGAGUGUUUCAAAGCCCAUUAAUGAUUUGACUCAUAAACUCGAAUUGGUAUGUGUGAUAAAAUAAAACAACAGAUUGCCUAAGAUACUUUAGCCAUCCAGAUCUACUCGAACUUUAGAUAAAGCUCUCUGGAAGUCAAUCUUCUAUAUGAUGCCUUGGAUUAAUUAGUGACAGUAUUGAACUUCUCUAAUGACCGGUACUUCGAAGGAGACGAUACAUCUUUAUUGAUCAAAUAUGCCCAAGGGAAAGCGUUGUUCCAAAAGAUGAAAAGCAACAAAGGGAUGGGAAUGAUAUUGAACAAUAUUGGCAACAUUCACAGAAGACAACAAAGGUACAUCGAAGCAAUACAAUGCUAUAGAGAAUCUAUUGCGCUAUGUGAAGAUGAUUUAAGAGUAUAGAUAUAUAAUAUAUAGAUGCUUUUAGGAGAUGUCAAAUUACUUGAAGUAAAGCGAUUACAAAAGGGAAUUAGUAUAGAUAUUUCAGGCGAGUCCAGAUUCUCACAAUCCGGUAGUAAAAGGGUUUCAAUGAUAGAGAGAGAGAUUCAGACAUCUCAAUUAGAAGAUAUCUAUUCAAGCAGGAAUUUCUCAUUAGCUAAUGUACUGAUGUAAUUGAGAAUAUAUACGUAGUGAAUAUGCAGAUAACAACUAAAGUUUGAGUGUUGAGGAGAAGAGAUAAUUGUAUAAGGAGAGUUUGGAAUGUUUGAAUAUCACAUUGUCUCUGGAUCAAAAGGACAAUAAAGGUUUAUUAUACAGAUAAAUCAUAAGUCACAUCUUAUAAUGCAAAGUCUUGCUCAAUUUAGAGGAUUCGAAUUCUGCAUUGGCCGAGAUUUCUAAUGCAGAGUAACUAUCAGACAAAUAUGAGAAUUCAUAUGACAGAUCUGAUGCUUAGGUAAAUGAUUCUUUCCCCAUUCCUCCAGGUAUUUUGAAAUAGAGGAUCCUGUAUGAGAAAGGGUUGUUUAUUAAGAGGUACGAUAGCAUCAAAAAGGCAGCAUUCAUCUUUACUGAAUGUUUAGAAACUAGUAAGUUUUAUGAUCCAGAAAUUAGAAUUAAUUGUCUCAAAUAAUUAAAGGAAAUAUUCUAAUCACAGAAUCUACUCUAUAAAGUACCAAAGAUAGAGUAACUGUUAGAAUUAAAUGAGAUCAAGAAAAACAAUGACAUUGUAUUUGUGAUUGAUCACUCUGGAUCCAUGGAGAAUAUCAAGAAAGAAUUGGCAAUCAAGUAUCUAACUUACAUCAUAUCCAUAGUGGCAUUCUCAAAAUCUUUGAUAAUUAUCUUCAGGAUCAAGACAGAAUCAGUUAUAUGCGUUUUAAUCAAAAUAUUGAGGUUAUUUUUGACUUAACUUCUAAAUCAGAAAAUACAGCCUAUUUGAGAAGUGCAAUUGAGAGAUCCAAGAACAUUAGGGCAGAGGGAAUGACUGCCAUGUUAUCAGCUGUAUUGCAUGCUUAUUCGAUUCACGAGAAGGCAGUAAAGAAGGACAAUCAACAAUGGAUAGUAGUGUUAUGUGAUGGAGAGGAUAACUUGAGCAAUAUCACCUAUGAGAGGAUGAAGAAGUUUACCAGCAAGAGACCUUAGAUCUCAUUGAUUGUUAUUGGCAUAGGCUUGAGUUUGAAGCCUGAUUGUCUAGAUGAAUUAUAUGAACUUUGUAGGCUUAGUUAGAAAGGGUUCCUAAUUGAAUCUGUUUAUAGUGAAGAUCUGGAUAUUGCAUUUUAAUCAAUCAGCAACCUUAUCUUUGGAACUUCCAGCAUUUAUGAUGAGAGAUUGAAUUGA